GACAUCAGCAGCAGCCGGUGACACCACAAAAUCCUCUCGCGCUCUCGCUCGCGUCUCCUCCCCCUCCCCCACUCCAACGCUUUAAAAAAACCGGGGGAAAUGGCGUGCCCGCGCCUACGCCUCGCCGUGCAGCCGCGCGCGCGGUAUAAAUUCGCACGCGAGCCGCGAUGAUCUCCCUCCACUCCGCCCCCUUCACCCUCCUCGUAAAGCUCCCCGGCCGGAGGAGGAGCGGUCUUACGCCGCCGAGGUGCGCCGUCCGGGGAGCCGGGAACGUGUCGUCGGCGGCGGUGCGGGAGAUGGCGGUCGCGGAGGGGCGGCGGCAGCAUGAGUACUCCAUCGACGCACGCCUCCGGCAGCUCGCGCCGGAGAAGGUGUCCGCCGACGACCGCCUCGUCGACUACGAGACCCUCCUCGUCGCGCGCUUCCUCGACAUCCUCGAGGACCUCCACGGCGGCGACUUCAGACAAGUGGUGGAGGAUUGCCUGAGGCUGUCCGGGGAGUACCAGAGCGAGGGCGACCCGGCGAGGCUGGGCGAGCUGGGCGGCCUCCUGACGAGCCUGGACGUGGGCGACGCCAUCAUGGUGGCGAGCUCCUUCUCCCACAUGCUCAACCUGGCCAACCUCGCCGAGGAGAUCCAGAUGGUGUACCGCAAGAAGGCGGAGGCGAGCCGGCGCGGGGACUUCGUCGACGAGGCCUCCGCGCCCACCGAGUCCGACAUCGACGAGACGUUCCAGCGCCUCGUCCGCGGCCUUGGCAAGUCCCCCCGCGAGGUGUUCGAUGCGCUCCGCAGCCAGACCAUCGACCUCGUCCUCACCGCCCACCCCACGCAGUCCGUCAGGCGUUCACUCCUCCAGAAGCACGCAAGCAUUAGGAGCUGCCUGACACAGCUCUGCGGCGAGGGCAUCUCCGACAACGAGGAGCAGGAGAUCGACGAGGCCCUUCAGAGAGAGAUUCUCGCGGCGUUCAAGACGGACGAGAUCCGGCGGACGCCGCCGACGCCGCAGGACGAGAUGCGCGCCGGGAUGAGCUACUUCCACGACACCAUCUGGAACGGCGUGCCCAAGUUCCUCCGGCGCGUCGACACAGCGCUCAAGAACAUCGGCAUCGACGAGCGCCUCCCCUACAACGCCCCCCUCAUCCAGUUCUCCUCAUGGAUGGGCGGCGAUCGCGACGGGAAUCCGAGGGUUACACCAGAGGUUACCAGGGACGUGUGCCUGCUUGCCAGGAUGAUGGCUGCCAACAUGUACUUCUCCAAGAUGGCCGAUUUGAUGUUCGAGCUCUCCAUGUGGCGCUGCAACGACGAGCUCCGAGCUCGUGCCAACGAGUUGCACCGGAAGUCCUCAAGGAAGUACGCCAAAUACUACAUUGAGUUUUGGAAGAAGAUUUCUCCAGGAGAACCUUACCGCAUUAUACUCGGCGAUGUGAGGGACAAGCUGUACAACACCUGCGAGCGUGCUCGCCAGAUCUUGUCGAAGGGAAUUUCUAGCAUUCCUGAAGACCAGACUUACACCAAUGUCGAGCAGUUCUUGGAGCCGCUUGAGCUGUGCUACCGAUCGCUGUGCGACUGCGGCGACAAGCUGAUCGCCGACGGCAGACUGCUCGACUUAAUGCGGCAGGUCUCCACCUUCGGCCUCUCCCUCGUCAAGCUCGACAUCCGGCAGGAGUCGGAGCGCCACACCGACGCCAUGGACGCGAUCACCACGCACCUCGGCAUCGGCUCCUACCGGGAGUGGCCCGAGGAGCGGCGCCAGGAGUGGCUCGUCUCCGAGCUCCGCGGCAGGCGCCCGCUCUUCGGCCCCGACCUGCCGCAGUCCGAGGAGGUCGCCGACGUGCUCGGCGCGUUCCGGGUCAUCGCCGAGCUCCCCGCCGACAGCUUCGGCGCGUACAUUAUCUCCAUGGCCACCGCGCCGUCCGACGUGCUCGCCGUCGAGCUGCUGCAGCGGGAGUGCGGCGUCAAGAAGCCCCUGAGGGUCGUCCCGCUGUUCGAGAAGCUCGCCGACCUUCAGCAGGCGCGCGCCACCAUGGAGCUCCUCUUCUCCGUCGACUGGUACAAGGAGCGGAUCGACGGGAAGCAGGAGAUCAUGAUCGGGUACUCCGACUCCGGCAAGGACGCCGGCCGGCUGUCCGCGGCGUGGCAGCUGUACAAGGCCCAGGAGGAGAUCGUCGGCGUGGCGGAGCGGCACGGCGUGAAGCUGACCAUCUUCCACGGCCGGGGCGGCACCGUGGGGCGCGGCGGCGGGCCGAGCCACCUCGCCAUCCUGUCCCAGCCGCCGAACACCGUCAAUGGCUCGCUCCGCGUGACUGUCCAGGGCGAGGUCAUCGAGAAGUCGUUCGGCGAGGAGAACCUCUGCUUCCGGACGCUGCAGAGGUUCACGGCGGCGACCCUGGAGCACGGCAUGAACCCGCCGGUGUCCCCGAAGCCCGAGUGGCGCCGCCUGCUCGACGACAUGGCGACGGUGGCCACUGACGAGUACCGCUCCAUCGUGUUCCAGGAGCCGCGCUUCGUGGAGUACUUCCGCGCCGCCACGCCGGAGACGGAGUACGGGCGGAUGAACAUCGGCAGCCGGCCGUCGAAGCGGAAGCCCGGCGGCGGCAUCGAGUCGCUGCGCGCCAUCCCGUGGAUCUUCGCGUGGACGCAGACGCGGUUCCACCUCCCCGUGUGGCUGGGCUUCGGCGCCGCGUUCAGGCACGCCAUGCAGCAGAGCGACGCCGGCGGCGGCCUCGCCACGCUCCGCGAGAUGUACGACGAGUGGCCCUUCUUCCGCGUCACCAUCGACCUCCUCGAGAUGGUCUUCGCCAAGGGCGACCCCGGCAUCGCCGCACUCUACGACGAGCUCCUCGUCCCCGACGACCUACGUCCAUUCGGCGAGCAGCUCAGAGCCAACUACGUCGAGACACAGCGCCUGCUCCUGCAAGUUGCUGGGCACAAGGAUCUCCUGGAGAGUGAUCCGUACCUGAGGCAGCGGCUGAUGCUGCGGGACUCGUACAUCACGGCGCUGAACGUGUGCCAGGCGUACACGCUGAAGCGGAUCCGGGACGGCGGGUUCAGGCCGGAGACGCGGCCGCCGCUGUCGAAGGAGCUUCUGGGCUCGUCGGCGGUGGCGGAGAAGCUGGUGAAGCUCAACCCAAACAGCGAGUACGACCCCGGGCUGGAGGACACGCUCAUCCUCACCAUGAAGGGCAUCGCCGCCGGCAUGCAGAACACGGGCUGAUCGAUGCAAAAGCACCAUGGCCUUGCCGGUUAAAACUUUGUAGAGAAGAUUGGUGGGAGUGGAUUGAGACUGUAAAUUGGUGUUGCUGACUUGUUUCUGGUGCUUAUUGGGUCAAGAACAGAUCGUACUGUUCUUGUUUCUUCAGUUAUCUCUGUUUUUUAGCAGUGAUGGUACACGGAUUUCCUGGUUCUAGCUUGAACCGUGAUCACUGUUUUCUUUCAGUAACGUAGCAGAUUAACCUGGAGUGGGGAUAUACCUGAGAAUUCAGCUUCCCAAGCA